AUGAAACCUCAUUUAGAUGUGACAGAAGAUAAGCAAGAUACUGUAUCUGAUGCCCCAAGUUAUGCAUUUGAUCAGAACCUUUUGAGGACUAUAAUCUCUCAACAACCUAAACUAGCUCCAGUUAAGCAAGAUCAAUUUAUUAACAUUGCAUAUACCCUGGAUAUCAAG